CACACACACACACACGUUCCUCUCCAUUUCCCUUUCAUCUUCGUUACUCUCUAUCUCGCACAUCCGCAUUAAUUACCACUGAAUUCCUCACUCGGUCCUCCUUUAUCAUCCUUUUACGAUGACCUCAUCUGACAUUACCAUGAUUUCUGCGAAAUCAAACUAAAAAACUCUCCAAUUCAACUUAUAAAAAUCCCAAUCUUACCGAUCGUAAUUAUCAAGAAAAAGCUAGAGAGGAGGAUCUUGAUGGAUCUGUGCGCCGUACAGAUCAAAACUGCAGCUCGAUGCCCUUAUAUAUCGAAGACUAAUCACUUGUGCGAUAAACCUAUUUCGUCAUGGAAAUCAAGAAAGAUGGCUUCUUUCGAUGUUGGAAAGGUAUGCGAGAUCAGGGUACCAAGAGGAACUGUUUCUUCUCAUCAAUCCUUCGUCGUGCGAGCUAUGGGAAAGAAGAAUUCGCAGAAUAACUCUGAUUCAUCAUCUUCUGCAGGCAAUGGGGAUCAUUCUAUUCCAGAAGGAGAGGGCCUGAAAGGAAACAAUCCCACUGAGCCUGAAAGCAAUCCAAAAUCCCAUUAUAAAGCCACAGACUGGAGAGAAUUUAGAGCAGUCCUCUACCUCAAUCAGCAGUCAAUGCUUAACAAACAAGAUGAAGGGGUAGUUCAUGAGUCUAAAAGUCUAGGGUCAAAAUGGGCCCACCCCCUAAGCGCCCCAGAAACCGGCUGUGUCCUUGUGGCAACAGAAAAGCUCGAUGGGGUUCAAACAUUUGAAAGAUCCGUUGUCUUCCUACUUGGAUCUGGGACCCGCCACCCACAAGAAGGCCCGUUUGGCGUAAUCAUAAACCGCCCGCUCCACAAAAAGAUCAAAAACAUGAAACCCACAAAUCUCCAUUUAGCAACAACAUUUUCCGACUGUUUGUUGCAUUUCGGUGGGCCCCUUGAAGCCAGCAUAUUCCUGUUGAGAUCCGGGCCCAAAAAAACCGUUCUUGAUUUUGAAGAAGUUAUUCCGAAUUUAUCCUUUGGUUCUCGAAACAGUUUGGAUGAAGCUUCGGGUUUGGUGAAAUCCGGGGUGCUAAAGCCACAAGAUUUUAGAUUUUUUGUUGGGUAUGCGGGGUGGCAAAUUGAUCAGUUGAAGGAAGAGAUUGAUGCGGGUUUAUGGCAUGUGGCGGCAUGUAGUUCCAAUUUGAUAUUUGGUGGGACCCAGAGUUCUUCUUUGUCUUCUUCUUCUGAUGGGUUGUGGGAGGAGAUUUUGCAGCUUAUGGGAGGAAGUUACUCGGAGCUUAGCCGCAAGCCAAAGCAGGAUUUUUAAUUGGAAUGUAUUGUGAGUUGAAAUAAAAUGAAAGGAACUAUUGUAUGUGUAGUCUCGAAUUGUACAGAAUGGGUCAAUGUAGAAAACUUUUUCCUUAAACUUUUAUAUGAACCUUUUUAUGCUCUACUUGUAG